AUGGGUAAACGUAGCCGGAACGAGAGUACCAGCGGAGGGGAGAAAGCCAAUGGUAAAGAAAGUGCUGGUAAAUCAAUUUUCACUGAAAACAAGGCUGUCGACCCUACUCUAGCCUUACUAUUUGCAUCAAGUGCUGGCCCAGUACAAGCUCCACCAAAAUCUAGAUAUCAAGAAGCACCUUUGCCUCGUAGAAAUGUCCAAUCGCAGGAGGGAGAAUCAUUCGAGGUUUCUGACGAUGAUGAAGACGCCGAAGAUGUCGAAAUGGGCGAGGGUGACGAUGACUUGAGCAGCAUUGAUGGUGAUCUCGAGGAUGCUGAGAUUUCGGGUCUAUCUGCUGAGGAGGAUGAUACCGACGACAUACAUGACGAGGUAUCCGAAUUGGAUAAAUUGAUCGAAGCCAAAAAUGAGAAACCCGAACGAAAACGUAAAAGGAAGACCGAUGAGCCAGAUCUUGAAGGAAAGUACCUUGAGAAGCUAGCCAGGGAAGAAGAAAAGGAAGAGGAAGAACGCCAAGCCGAAAGACGAUUGAAACGACAAAAGUUAGCUGCAGAGCAAAAGCCUGUUUCAGACGAAGAUAUGGAGAAAGAUGGUUCUGAUGAGGAGGGCGAGGAAGAUGCUGAAUCUGAUAGCGAAGCUGAAGCUGAUACAGAAGAAUCUGGUUCUGAGGAGAAAAGCCAUAAGAGAAAGACGCCAUCCGAUGUUCCUUUACAUGAAUCCCUCGUACCAGAUAAGGAUGCUGCCGAGCUCGAAAAGGCAUCGCGUACUAUUUUUCUCGGAAAUGUAGCAAGUUCUACAAUAUCAUCUAAAGCCGACAAAAAGAUCCUUAUGUCUCAUCUCUCCUCUUUUAUUGAUGAUCUGCCUCCUCCCCCGGCUGGCAAACCAUCUCACAAAUUGGAAUCCCUCCGCUUCCGUUCCACUGCCUAUGCCACUGCCGCACUACCAAAGAAAGCUGCUUUUGCUAAAAAAGAUAUUAUGACUGCUACAACAAAAAGCACAAAUGCCUACGCAGUCUACUCUACAGCAUUUGCAGCUAGAGAGGCCGUUAAGAAACUCAAUGGAACUAUAGUACUAGACCGUCAUCUUCGCGUAGAUGGCGUAGCACAUCCUGCGAAGACCGAUCACCGCCGAUGUGUCUUCGUUGGAAAUUUAGGAUUUGUAGACGACGAAUCUCUUCUUGAACAAGAUGGGGAAAAUAGCCGGAAACGGUCGAAAAUACCCUCUGAUAUUGAAGAAGGCUUGUGGAAGCAGUUUGGAAAGGCUGGUGAAGUAGAGAGUGUAAGGGUCAUUCGCGAUGAGAAAACUCGUGUUGGAAAGGGUUUUGCUUAUGUACAAUUUACCGACGCAAAUGCAGUUGAAGCUGCUCUACUUUUUAAUGAGAAGAAGUACCCGCCGAUGCUUCCUCGUGUGCUUCGUGUUGUCCGCGCCAAAGCUCAACACAAACAAGUCUCGUCCAGACCCACAGCUCGUCAACCUAAAUCGUCAAAAUCUUCUCAAAUAUACAAUCCAAAGGUUGAUCCAAAUCAAGCUUCUUUGCAGGGUAGAGCUACCAAACUGUUAGGGAAAGCUGGUGGCGCAAAAUUCAAGAAAACCGGGGCCAACGAUACGACUUUGGGCUCCAGGGGAGAAAAGCAAAUCAGUGGAAACGGAGAAGCCAAGAGUGGAAUGGCCGGUAUCAAAGCACCUGAAAGUUUCGUUUUUGAGGGUUAUAGAGCUAGUGCAAGCAAGGGCAAGCCGAAGGAUCUCAAGCUGGGAGGAAAAGGUGGUGGAAAGAAGAAGGGUAAGCCCAGAACAAGGUCGUCAAACAGAGGUGCCGAGUGGAAGAAGCGAGGCUCGAAGUAG